UCGACUCGGACAUGUGCGUGCGCGGAUCCCGAUAAUCGGUGAUCGUGUUAUCAGUCCGCAUGUCCGGAGCGCGGCGCGGGCGCAGCAGGCCCGCUAAGUCCAGUCCAAUCCCGGGACGCGUCGCAAUCGGCUGCAUCCAUCUCAUCAUCCCGAAAUUACGAAGUCUUCAGUACUGCAUUAUACAAACAAUGACCCGGCUUUACUAGCAACCGUAGAACAAUCGCGUCGUGUCUCUAGUGGUGAUAUAAGUUAAUAAGACAAAAUGUUCUUCGACACAAGUGGCCCGUUACUCCAAGACAUUUUCUUGAGUGACCCCACCUUUAACGAGCACUCAUCUCCAGAGAAUCUCGCUAACUUCGAGAUCCCGAGCUUUGAUUCAGAUGACGACUGGCAACUAAGAGACUUGGACAUACAGUGUGAUGCUUUUGUUGGUAAUGCUGCAGAUAUCUCCAAAGAAGACUUCAAUCUAGCAGAAAACUCUCCAGUAUUUGAUUUUGAAGAUUUGGACGAAAGUAUAAUUGACGUGUACUUAUUAGAAGCAUUAAACAGUGAUUUAUCUAACGACUCUCCACCAUCAGUGAUACAUUCUGCUGGCAGUAAUGAGUCUUUAUAUGUGAUAGACACGCAUGACUACGUUGCAACAUACGGACCAGGGUGGAACAGUAAAGAGAGUACAGAAGGAGAUAUUGAAAGAGUACAUGCAAAAGUACGAUCUUGGGGAGAGCCGAAGUUUUGUGCUGAACUAGGUGCCUUUCGUUGCCCGGUGGAGGACUGCGGGAAGCUAUACGCGAAGGCGUCGCACGUGCGGGCGCAUUUGCGGCGACACAGCGGUGAGAAGCCAUACAGGUGUACGUGGGAGGGGUGCAUGUGGAGGUUUGCGAGAUCGGAUGAGCUCGCGCGACACCGUAGAAGCCACUCCGGAGAUAAACCCUACGGGUGUACUGAAUGUGGCAAGCGAUUCGCGCGGUCCGACCAUCUUUCGAAGCACGGACGAGUCCACGAACGCCGGCGCCGCGCUGCUGAAGCUUCAGCCGCUGCCGCCACAUCCGCCGCACUCUCCAGGCAGACCACAAUGCGAAUGACCAGAACAAGGAAAAUAUCGUGAUUAAAAGCCACGCUUGUGCUUGCAUUACUUAAGGACAUACAUAAAGACUGCUAAGAUUUACGGUGUGUUUGUGAAAAAGAUGCGUGACCGAUAAUUGGAUACAACAUUUACUUAUGUA